AUGCUGCAGAACUCCCUGUCCAUCCAGGACUGCAAGGCCAGCAGGAGGGCUACCUCCAGGGUGAGUGGACCCCUCCCUUGUCUCCAGGACCCUGGCCCACUGGCUCACUCUCAGACUUCGGGCUGGAAACCUGCAGACCACACAUCCUGGGGGCUGGAGCCUGGGGAGCUGCCCCUGGGCGGUGCCUCCAGGACUGUCCAGCCUGAGAAUGCUAAGUCUCCAGGUCAAUCUCAGAGGGCUUGCUGCGUCGCUCACGCUGAUACGUGGACGCUGAGCGCCCAGGGAGGGACUAGGCUGGGAGCAGUGGCGACUUCGGGGACCCAAGCAGGCGGCGCGGACCCCAGGCUCUCCUCAGCACGCGCCCCAUUCCCGCACGGCCGGCGCCAAGAUGUGAGUCGCGAGUGUCCUGACGGGUUAGGGUUAGGCUGGGACAGACAGGGCCCGGGCGCUGGAGUUCUCCGCCCCUGCUCCCGCCCAGCGCGGCCUCGGAGGUCCGGCCGCUCCUCCUCCUCAGCCUGGCCAUCUUGGGUCCUCCCCGGGCUCCCCGCGCCUUCCUCCUGUGGCCCCUCAAGGGCGUCACCGCCGUCGCGGCCGCCAGCCUGGUCUCCGGACUAUCCCGCCGCGCCC